AUGGAUGCUCAAGAACUUGCCUUCCCUGCGCUUACUUCCGCUAUCACACCUGACGCAACGUUUAUGCCAGACUUUCCAGACUUGACAGCUCGGCCCAUAUCGUGUAGGGAUGAACAGUCCAAGGGGACAAAGCGCACCAAAUCUUCCCCGAAGACAGACACUGCAUUGUCGACUGAUCUACUGGCUCCGAUUAGCGUGAUAGAGGGUGGAAUAUCUGGUGAGGAUUUAAAACCGCCUGGUCUGUCGUAUAUUGCAUUAAUUUCAAUGGCCAUUCAGUCCUCGAAAAACAAGCGAAUGCUUCUGUCGGAUAUCUAUUCCUGGAUUUCCGAGCGCUAUCCAUACUACAGGUUGAAGGACAAAAGCUGGAGAAACAGCAUCCGGCAUAAUUUGAGCCUCAACGAGUGUUUUGUCAAGAGCGGGCGAAGCGAAAACGGGAAGGGUAACUACUGGUCAAUCCACCCGGCAAAUAUGGAAGAUUUUUCUCAAGGCGAUUACCGCCGCCGACGAGCGAGGCGCCGGGUGCGAAAGUGCGACGAGGAUCUCCAACGAUUGUGUUCCGACGAACCAGAAACAGAAGAGAUUGAGCCUCCGCUUCCGCCGCCGACCACACACGCGGAGGGCUAUGUACCAAUGGCGUCAACGCUCGUUCCGGCGAACUUUCUUUCAGUAUUGGGCAUUGAACCAAUCAAAUCUUUUGACUAUUUGGUGCAAGGUAUGUACCGUCAUGGGGACGCACAGUUUCGAACGCCGUUAACGUCUGCGUACGAAUGUCAGGACCCUACGUGUGUUACAACAACAAAGGACUAUAAUAACUACACGGACAAUAACUUCCAACGGUCAUAUUUUCCGCAUUUCACAAGGUACGGAGACGGAGUCGCCCCAUUUACUCCGACGGAGUUUAAUCUAAAUGUGAACGUAAACGUCUGUGGAAACGGAUCGCAGCAGCUGAUGACACCUGGGCAAGCAAGUAGCGUCGUGACGUCGGAUACGGGGACGUGGCAUAGUGGAGCUGAGACUGACUGUUAA